AUGUUUUCUAAGAAAGUAGUGUACGGAUCCGCCGCGGUGUUGGCUUUUGGGACGUUACUUAACACAAUAGGUCGAUUCAGUCCGUGGAUGUUUACUGUAAAGGGACCAAAUGUUUACAAUGAAGCUAAAAACAAGGUUAUUCAUGGUACAAUAAACUUUGGCUGGUUCUAUCUUCAGGCCUGUGACUCUCGGCGAUGUUACACACAGUCCAUGUUGGAGCGGUACGGCGAUCACAAUACCCACGCUAACACCACGAUCUCCGUCUUCUCGGAGACCUGGUUAGCUAGACGGGUAGGAGAGCAGACGAUAGAAGUAUUUGCCUUGUUGUUUAAUGUAGCCGGCCUAGCUGGGACAGGAUUUCUCUUGUACACAUGGAAGGCCCAAGCAAAACUGCGGUAUGUGGUCACAUUGUUGACCGCAACAGUCCUUCUCAUAUCCGCUGCCAUGGAGUGGGCUAACCUUGGCGAAGUACUUGCAGAAAUGGGAAGUAUUGUUCGGUACAACGAUCCGAAGAUACAGCUGUACACGCCAUCUUCACUCGUACUUUCUGGGCUCGGGUCUACGUGCAUGUUUGCCGUCAGUGUGGGGUACUAUUUAGCUGUUAUGAUGAUAAUAUACCAACACAGUGACGUCACAAACACAGCAGGCUUAGAGAGUCAAGGAAAUGACGUCACACCGGCGCCUUCUCAGAGUCAUAUCGAGAGCUUGGAAGUACAGGUCAACACAGAUCAAACCAGUGUAUAACAACAACAUGACAUCAAUUAUCAAUCACCAAGACUCAUUAUCACUUCACUUAUAACGGUCUCAGCUAAUCUUUGUAGCUGUCAACCGUCGAAAGAACCCUAAAUUUCGACUCGUAACGUUUUGUCUGUACUAAAAAGGUUUAACCUAACAAAAGAUACUUUAGUGUUCCGGAUAAGUCAUAGUUCUAUGUAUAUUAUUUGUUUCAUGGGGAUUCACGAAGGUAAUUUCCUAAACUAAUUGAUGUAUGAUCCUUAAACACAGUGUCAUUGAUGUCAAACUAGGUACACCAUCAUUUCAGAUCAUUCCAUUUGUAAUUUGAGUCGUUGUGCUUCAGUACGACAAUCAAAUUUCUCAAAUAACAGACUGCAAAUUACAUUAUGAAUUACAUUCCUGUACAAUUUCUGAUGGGAGUGUGGAAAAAUGUGCAAAUCAAAAUUGAAAUUUAUUGAUUUAUAGGCAAACAUCACAUCCGGUAAAACAUUAUCAAAUAUAUAUACAUACCAGUAUCAGUUAAUUCUUAUUGAAGUCUUCACAUGAGCCGUGAACACGAGAUAAGGAAAUUGCUUAUUAACUUGAUAUUAAGGAAUCAAAUUCUGCUACAAUUGACACAAUAGGUCCGAUCAUAUUGUGGUGCUAAGAGCUAGUAACGAGAUGCUGAGUCAAGGGUAGGGUAGUAUGCCACCUGAUAGUUUAGUGUAUCAUGGAACCAACGACUUAGAUUUAGUGUUUUGUUUUUGUGAUUUGAAAUCGAUAGGAAAUCUAAGUGUCAUUAAACUGCCUAUCAUAAAUUAAAUGUGUAAA